AUGGCGGAACCACCAGUACCGCCCCCCGGGCAGUCAUCCCCUCACACCGCGCGUAACUAUCACGCUGCACACCCUUCCUCUAAUCAGACCCAAUCCGCUUCCCAUUCACGCUUGAAUCAGCCACUGCAACCGAAUGAUUCGUUCAUGCAGCCUCCAUCCAAUUCGCCACGACCUCCAUUUCGUCAGAACCAAUUCGUUCCACCCAGGCCAUCCCGAAGUGUGUCGCUGCAGGCUCAAUCUUUGACCAACCCGUUAACACAGCCUUCACCUAAUUCGUCACGGCCGGCACUUCCGGAGAACUCAGCAUUCUUGAAUCCUGCCAAGAGGGUGCGUGAGGAGGAGAACACGCACAUGGAACUCAGCGUAACGGAGAGAGCCAAGGCAUUUAUCAAGAACAGGCGAGCGCACAUCCAGGCUUCGUCGCCGUCACCGUCAACUGCGACCUCGGAAGGCAAUGUCUACCAAACAAGAGACCGGACUGCGGACCAAGAUCUUAGAGCACAUAUCAUUAGAGCUCUGGAUAUACCAAGUGUCAACCAGAGAUUCGCCACAGAUCAUAACAGGCUGUCAGAGCUAGGCGCAACAGAGUUUCCAAAGUCAUCAGAGGAACUACAGUCUGAGCAUGAGGAGCUCAUCCGUCGUCUCCAAGCAGCCAAGGGUACACUACGAAGUCGGGGAUUCGGCUAUGUGGAUGCCACAACGCAGACAGAACUCCAGCAGAGACCAAGCUAUGAGGACGCCGCAACCCAGACGGAACUCAACAAGCAAACUGAGUCCGGUACAUUACUGCAUGAUCAUCCGGACUUUGACUUUGGCCCCAAUUUCGAAGACACAACAAACACUGAAUCAGAGGAGGAGCUAGCACCACUACUUCAGCAGUCCGAGCCCAUCAAUUCGACAAACCCCGCGUCGUUGAAGUCCACUUCGAACAGGAAGCCAGCAAUUAAGAAAAGCAAAGCUCGAAAAAGGCUGACCUCGAAAGACAUCGUGGAAUUCCCCAUGUACAUAUGGAUUCCUGACGACGAAACACAUCAGCCUAUCGAAAGCCUUCCUGAUGAUGUCCGCAAACAGCUUCUAGAACAAUUCCGCAGCUCGUGGACAAAGCCACCGAAACGACAGGUCGUAUACGCCCGUAUGACAAGAAAUCCGGCUACGCAUGUCGAUGUUUGUGUGUUGACCAAUGUGAUCACCCAUGGCAAAAAGUUGUUCCAAGGCGAUGAGGACUCGGCGUGCGAUACGUGUGUCGGCAAUAGCCGUACGUGCGUUCGGAUCAGGAAGCUGGCGUCCGGUGAAGACGAUUCGAACGACUCUGACAACGAGUACGGGUUAGUCUUCAUCCCGCUUCCAGAAUCUGCUCGCCUGGCCUCGACCUGGAAAGAGAUCGGAUACUGGCUGACGGCUGAAGUGGAUGGGCUUGCCUAGCUUUGCAGGCCUGUAGUAUGGGUGACAGUCAAACGAUGCCUGUCUCACGGCACCAGCCUCUGCUCCAAUACCCUGGCAUUGUGCUAGACGAUG